CAUAUUUGAAGUUUUAAUUAUUGACAUCAUAAUAUUCCCAAAUUUGUUGUCAAAUACCUUAAUAUUAAUUAAUAAACUUUUAAAUUAAAUAUAUAUUUUCGUUGUGUUACUCAUAUUUACUACAAUAUAACUGUUAUAUCAGUAUUACUCCAGUGAUUAACUCGUACCUUGAUAAGAGAUUUGUGUUAAUGACUAUUAUACUCGUAUAAAAUCUACAUUUUGUGUGUCAUUCAUAUUUUCUUAUAAAUAUUGUGUGCAUUGACUGACUAAUUAUGGGAGACUUCAGUAAAAUACGCGACAGAGUCCGCGAUCAGACCACUAGACUGUACCGUCGGGUCAGAAAUUUUGGCCGAAGGAUUUUCGCCAAAAGCGAGUCUAACGGACAGCCAUCCGGAACUACACCCGAACAGCAACACUAUAACAGUACAGUCGGCGCUCAGGAUAUGGCGGCUAAUAACCAGCGGAAGGGACAGGCGGUUCAGCCACCGCUACACAAAGUAAUUAUGGUCGGCAGUGGAGGGGUAGGCAAAAGCGCACUCACCCUCCAGUUCAUGUACGACGAGAGUACGAGGACACACACCACUCGCAUACCGGUGCAAAACGCACAGGCUAUAUAUCAAAAUAUCAUAUCACUUAUCCAGAUCAAUAAUAUCUUGAUCAUCUGA